AUGGAAUACAUGUCUGUGGAUCCUAAAGGCACUGCUGGUGGGCUUCUUUGUAUCUGGGACCCUGCUGUCUUUCAACUCUCUGGUUACUGUUGUAAUAGGAGGUACAUCUUGCUUUCUGGUUCCCUGUACAACUCUUUUGAGUGUGUCUUAAUCAACAUAUAUGCACCAAAUGAUAUCUGCGCUAGAUCAUCUCUUUGGGCUGACAUCCUCAAGCUCAAAGACCAUUUCCCUGCUCCUUGGUGCAUGGGUGGGGACUUUAAUGAAAUAAGGCAUAUAGGAGAAAGGGUAGGCUGCUCCAGGAGGGAUAGAGGGAUGCAUCAUUUUAAUGAGUUUAUUGGAAAAUGUGAGCUCAAUGACUUACCUCUGCAUGGAAGAAAAUACACUUGGUGUAAUGCCCAAGAAUCUGAGAAAUGGAGUCGUAUAGAUAGAAUUUUGCUUGGACCUGAGUGGCUGAUUAAUUUCAGAAUGAAACUAUGGGGACUGCCUAGAUUAAUUUCAGACCAUUGUCCACUAUUGAUGAUGGAAGAUGAAAGAGAUUGGGGACCUAGACCUUUCAGCUCUUUGGUCACUGGAUGGGCUAGCUACAUACUUGUUCAAAAGUUAAAGCAUCUGAAACUAGCACUGAAGAAAUGGAAUGUUGAGGUAUUUGGUAAUGUCUCAUCUGAACUUAAAGUUUUCGAAGAGGAACUUCAUGCAAUUGAUAUUUUGGCAGAAGAAAGACCUCUGACUCAAGUUGAAUUGGCAAGAAGAAGAGUGGUCAGAGGUAAGAUGUGGAAGCUUCAUAGGAUGGUGGAGUAG